AUGAAGGAGAUGAAGCAGAGGAGGAAGAAGGAGCGCACGUGGGCCGAGGCCGCCCGCCUGGUGCUGGAAAAUUACUCAGAUGCUCCUAUGACCCCAAAACAGAUUCUGCAGGUCAUAGAGGCUGAAGGUCUAAAGGAAAUGAGUGGCACGUCUCCCCUGGCCUGCCUCAACGCCAUGCUCCAUUCCAACUCCCGGGGAGGGGAUGGGCUCUUUUACAAACUGCCUGGACGCAUCAGCCUUUUCACACUCAAGAAAGAUGCCUUGCAGUGGUCCCGGAACUUGUCAGUGCCAGAAGGGGAGGAGCUGGAGGACACAGCAGAUGCAGAAAGCUGUGGGUCCAAUGAAGCCAGCACUGUGAGUGGUGACAACGAUGUGUCUCUUGAUGAAACUUCUUCUAACGCCUCGUGUUCCACUGAAUCUCAGAGUAGGGGACCUGCUACCAGGGAGAGCUACAGAACUGCUUCCCAGACAGCCAAACAGAAGAAGAAGACAGGUGUGAUGUUGCCACGGGUGGUGUUAACUCCACUGAAAGUAAAUGGGGCACACAUGGAGUCUGCCUCGGGCUUCACAGGAAGGCAUGCUGAUGGAGAAAGCAGCAGCACAUCCAGCAGCAGCAGCAGCUCCUUGGCCCUGUGCAAAACCAGCCUGCGCAGUAGGACAGAGAUAAACAGGGAUCCUCCACAGCUGCUGAGGGGCAUCCGAAAGCCCACGGCUGGGCAAAUGAAACGGAACAGGGGUGAGGAUAUUGACUUUGAAACCCCAGGCUCCAUCCUUGUCAACACGAACCUGCGAGCGCUGAUCAACUCCAGGACCUUUAACGCACUUCCAUCACACUUCCAGCAGCAGCUGCUUUGCCUCCUGCCUGAAGUUGAUAGACAGGUGGGGGCUGAUGGGCUGAUGCGCCUCAGUGGCAGCGCUCUGAACAACGAGUUCUUCACCCACGCUGCACAGAGCUGGAGGGAGCGGCUCGCUGAUGGUGAAUUCACUCAUGAGAUGCAAGUUCGAAUCCGGCAGGAGAUGGAAAAGGAAAAGAGAGUGGAGCAAUGGAAAGAGAAGUUCUUCGAGGACUACUAUGGGCAAAAGUUGGGCUUGACCCAGGAAGAAUCCCAGGCACAGAAUUCGGUGCAGGAGGACGCUGAGAACAGGACAGAGCUGUCUGUUAAAGCAGAAGCGAGGCUGCCGCGCGGGCCGACCACGCGCCAGAGGGACGGGCGCUUCCGGAAACGCUCCCGGGCCGACCUGCGGUGCCGGGCCAGGAGGAGCCUGUACAGACUGCGGGAACCUGAGCACACCGAGGCUCCCAAAGAGCUUGCUCCUGUGGGGCCAGAUCCCUCGCUUCAUAAAGAGCCAAAACCUGAGACAGACCUGAAGAAGGACGAUCUGAGCAGCCCCUCCACUGCAGGAUUGAAGGCAGAGAGUACUGAACUGCACCUCUCUCCAGAGACUUCCAAAUCAAACAGCAAAUCAGAAGAUCCAUCAUUGGCAGCUGCCGGCAGAAUUCCCAGUUUGCCCCAGGAGAGCUCUGCUCAGGAGUCCAAGGAACAGAAGAGGAAAAGCUUUGAGGAGGCUGCCUCUGCGUCCUUCCCCGAAAAGAAGCCCCGGCUUGAAGAUCGUCAGUCCUUUCGUAACACAAUUGAAAGUGUUCACCCAGAAAAGCCACAGCCUACUAAAGAGGAGCCCAAAGUCCCACCCAUCCGGAUUCAACUUUCACGUAUUAAACCACCCUGGGUGGUUAAAGGUCAGCCCGCUUACCAGAUCUGCCCCAGGAUCAUCCCCAGCACGGAGCCCUCCGGCCGGGGCCGCCCUGGGGCCCGGACCCUCGCAGACAUUAAGGCCCGUGCUCUGCAAGCCCGAGCCCAGCGCGAAGCCGCCACCGCCGCCAUCGGAGGAGGGGGUGGCCCCGGAGGGGGGAGAAGCAGCGAUGAAGGAGGAGGUGGAGGAGAAUCCAGCAGCCAUUCCCAGCACAGGAGAUCCAAGAGAGCUCAUGGAAAACGUGCGUCAGAUCUACAGCGAGCACAACUACAGCUGUCUGUUCAUCUGAGCGGAGGGAAGGCUGACUCCAAAGGGGCUGCUCAGGAAGCUGGUGUGAAUUCCUGCCUCUCUUUCAGACAAGAUCACUCUUCCUCAAAAAGCGAAAGGAGUGGCAUUCCCGGAUGUGCCACAGGGUCAAGGGACGCUCAACCUGGUGAUGGGUCACCCAGGGGGCCGUUCUGUGGUGCUCUGACUGUGUCAUCCUUGGACAGUGUGACUCCUGAGAGGCAGGAGGAGAGUCCUGAACAGCUCCUCCAUGACCCAAGGACCGAACUCCCAUCUUGUCCUGCAUCACAGGAGAGCACAAAGUUGGAAUGUGCGGUUCCUGUGGUGACCAGUCUGUUGUGUUCUGGGGGACAGGGAGCUGGGGUCAGUCCUACAGGAGACAGGGCUGUGGUGGAACUUGGAGAUGUUGGUGCUCCCACCAUACAGCUGGAUUAUCCCCAUGAUGUAAAGGAAAAUCCCUCCAGUUGUCCUUUUCCUCCAGAAUUGUCAUUGGGUGUCACAGAACACCAUGAUCCAGAGAAGGUGUCUGGUUUUAGAUAUAACAGCUCCAAAACAUUUCUGGAAAAAUGUGUUGGUGAUAAUACCUCCAAAACGGUAACUGCUGGAGUGAAGAAAGCGAUCCCUGCUGUGUGUGAUGCUGCAGAGCUGCAGGCAGGGAAAGGCAGUGAUGGCAAACUGAGUAAUGAGGAACAAAAUGCAGAGGUUCUAGUGCAGCCCUCUGUGCAUGAUGACUUUCUUUCUCAGAACAGGAUAGAUACCUCUGAAAAACUCCUGCAGCCAAGGGAGAGGUGCCUCAGAACCGAACCAGAAAAAACACAUCAGCUCCUGGGAGAGACGCAGGAGGUGAAGAGAAGUGGAGAUGAAGAAAUACAGAGUACACACAGUGAAACAACAGACACUGCUUCUGAUUGGGAAGGGGACAUGGCUGAUGAGAACGUGGAGGUAGAGAUGUGCUUCAGAAGCGUCAGCUGUAGGGAGGUGGCUGUAAAAGGCUCUUCCUGUCACAGCAGCAGUGAAAAGCGCAAUGGGAUUAGGUCAGAAUUGUCUGUGGAGACAGAGAGUCCGGCCUGUUCUGGGGACUUGGUUGCACCCCCACCUCAGAGGUGGGGACCCCAGAAAGCCGAGCAACCAGUCAGCUCUGCUCGGCCCAUGUCCUCCAUCGAGACCAACAACCCUUUGGUGAUGCAGUUGCUGAAGGAGAAGCUUCCACUGGAAGAAGUUCUCCCAGUGUCUCAUGUCAACAUCAAACUGGAAAUUGCACAGCCAGUGCUUCAGAAGCCAUCAGAAAGCCUCUCCCUGCAACUAGACAGAGGCAGCAGUUGCUGUUUUGGCAAAGAAUCUCCAGAUGUAGGAAUAAAGAUGAGUGCCCAAAGCAGGAGCGAUGAUGUUCACUCAGCGAGAUCUUCCAUAGAUCCCCAGGAAAAAACCUAUGGAUCAGGGGCAGCAUUGCCUAGAGCAGAGGGUGCAGAGGAUCAGGCUGUCCCAGAAAAACAUUCCAAAGUUGGUUCGACUUUAAGCUGCCAAGACCAACUGGCGAAGGUGGCAAGUGCCUCUCCGAAGUCUGAAGAUGUCGACCCUCGGGAAAGAACAUUUUCUUCCUGUAGCUUUGAGGAGCAGAAGGAGUUGCCCAAGGUCCGGAUGUCGCAGCACAGCCCAUUAACGAGCAUUGCAGCAACUAAAAGCCCAGAGAAGCUGAAUGCCUCUACAGAGCCUCGGUUUUUGUCUCCAGCUGUAACUUCUCUUGGACCAAACCACACAGGGGGUGCAUUGGUCAAUAAAAAUUAUGGUGGGGUUCAAGGCAAAAAGCUCUUUGGUUCUGGUUUUCCUUCCAGCCCAAGUGUGAGGCUGCAUCAUUCCAGAGCUUUGGAUCACUGUUUAGCCAUGGGAACCUUGUCCCCUGGCAAACAGAUUCCCAUAGACAAGGGCUGUGCAUUGGGAGAAGGAAUCCCAGCUGCCAGGGAGGAAUGGACUUCAAAGCAGCAAAGCAGCACCCCGGGAGGGAUCAGAAAUGAGAAGGUGCUGGUGUGUGGCAGCCCAGCCAAGAGUAAUGUGGAGAACCGGGGAGAUAUGGCCCAGCAGCCCACGGAACUGGCUGGGCACACACAGAGAGAGCCACUGGUCAUGGACUGGCCCUUCUUUAAGUUUUCAAGGGAUCCGGGAAAAGGACAGAGUCACCCUUUGGAGCCUUCAUCCAUCCCCUCUCAGCUCAAUAUCAAGCAAGCAUUUUAUGGGAAGCUUUCGAAGCUGCAGCUUAAUUCCACCAGCUUUAAUUUUUCAUCCAACACUCCGGCUUUCCCCCGAGGCCUUGCUGGGAGUGUGGUGCAGCUCACCCACAAAGCGAACUUUGCUGCGAGCCGGAACACGGCCCUGGCUGUGCAGAUGUUUGCUGACAACAGCAGCGUCGACGAGAUCUCGUUCCAGUGCUCGUGCAGCCUCAAAGCCAUGAUCAUGUGCAAAGGCUGCGGCGCCUUCUGCCACGACGACUGUAUAGGACCCUCUAAGCUCUGUGUAUUGUGCCUUGUGGUGAGAUAAUAAAUUAUGGCCAUGGGA